UCUCGAGCGGCUUGUAAUUGGCUAAUGUCCCUUUCGGUCAAGCAAAAGGGUGGGCGUAUUGCGGCAGCUGCCGCUCUCCUAUAGGCUAUGGAAAGAACCGUGGCGCAAAGUGCUGUUUUAGGAUGGGUGGCGGGUGAAGGGGUGGUGGGCCGGACGUGGCGGGACGGAUGAAAAUGGACUUGGGGUGCUGUCAACUUUGUCGCCUUCUGCUAGGGGUCGUGGUUCUCUGGGUGCUGUCGUGUGACUCAGAUGAAGGACAGGUGGUUCAGCUUAAAGACCAUCGCAUGCUAGAAGCACAUUCCUCUAAGCAGUUCUGCUACACAAACAAGGUGAUCCCAAAAUGGCAUGACAUAUGGACCAGAAUCCAGGUGCGAGUAAAGAGCACCAAGAUGAUCCGGAUCAUUCAGGUCGAAAAUGAGGAAAAACUGAAAGAACUGGAGGGAUUCAGUGUGUGGAACUAUAUUGGCUCCUUCUUCAAAGAAAAGCUCAAUGAUACCUAUGUUACUGUAGGCCUCUACAGUAAUAAAACCUGUUUGAAAGUCGAAGUGCUUGAAGGAGACUCCAAUUAUACUAUCAUCGUUGCUCGUACGUUUGAUCCUAAGCUCUUCAUGGUUACGUUUCUGGGCCUUCUGCUAUUUUUCUGUGCUGACUUGAUGAGCAGAAGCCCAGUUUUCUUCUAUUCAGCUGGAAUAAGCAUUGGCAUGAUAAGUUCACUGCUCAUCGUCAUCUAUGUAAUGUCCAGAAUGGUGCCCAAGAAAAGUCCCAUCUACCUCAUGUUUGUGGGAGGCUGGUCUUUUUCUGUUUACCUUAUUCAGCUGGUCUUCCGAAACCUGCAGGAGAUCUGUAAAUUGUACUGGGAAUAUCUGCUGGGUUACUUGCUUGUCGUAGGAUGUGUCAGCUUUGGUGUGUGCUACAAAUAUGGCCCCCUGGAGAAUGAACGCAGCAUCAAUCUCCUCACUUGGGGUCUGCAGAUCCUUGGCUUGCUGCUCCUCUACUUAGGCAUCCAGAUACGGCAGAUUGCAAUCGCCUUGAUCGUCAUUGCAAUCUGCACUAAAAACCUGGAGUAUCCGGUCAUGUGGGCCUAUGCCAUCUACAGGAAGGUCUUCACAGCCAUAGAAAAGCCCAGCCCACCACGUCUGCUAACUGAGGACGAGUACCGGACACAGGGGGAGGUGGAGACACGCAGAGCCCUGGAAGAAUUGCGGGAGUACUGCCGCAGCCCCGACUUCUCUGCCUGGAAAGCAGUCUCCCGCAUCCAGUCUCCAAAGAGAUUUGCUGACUUUGUAGAAGGGGCCUUGCAUGUGGUCCCCAAUGAGGUCUCUGUCCAUGAGCAAGAAUAUGGGCUUGGAGGUUCCUUUCUGGAGGAUCAGCUCUUUGAAGAAGAGGAUGAAGAGGAAGAUGGGGAGAGAGAUUACAGCUUUGAAGAGGAAGACACCCCAUGGCCCCAGAAUCAUCUGAGUUUCCAAGACAGAGCUGGCUAGUAUUCAUGCAGGUGGAUUGGCUGGUAAUGCCCCCUGCUGACCUGGGGUAAGAGUUGCAGUUUUGCAGCUCUCUUCUUACAGGGAGCACACAUAUACAAAGUCUACUGGGUACGACACAUACACAACAAGGUGUGUAUGCUUGGCAGACUCUGGGAAUGGAGUGGGAUACUACAGGCCAUUAAAGCCUGGGAAUGGAGUGGGAUACUACAGGCCAUUAAAGACUCGUCGUCUAUACCACACAAUGAACUGAAUGUGAAGUGAACUGUGCUUGAAAUAUGGCAGAGUCCUGAACUAAUUGUAUUGUAGAUUGCAAGUUGUGAAUGAAGUAACAGAGGAGUGAGGUGGGCUUAAAUCCUGAUAGUAACAAUGAGUUCUGUCACCUUGAUUAGGCAGAGACUCCAGAGGAAGAGCUUAAAAACACCAUAAUGUCCAGCUGAGUCAUUCAUUUCUUGGAAGCCCACAAUGUUGUCCUCUGAGUGCCCGUGAUGCUUAGUGGAUAUGUUGUCCAUUCCAGUGCCUCUGUACUUGUCAUUUGUUAGCUUAAGAGUUGCCUAUUAGGCUUGAUCCUGUACUUGGCACAGUUCUUCUUCGAUGAUAGCAGCUGGCCCACAUUGUGCAUGUUUCAGCUCAACCAGGAUUUUGUCUGCUUGCAAGUAAGAUGCAGCCAGUGUUUUAGGUGGCUUUCUACUUCUUUCUGUGUUUCUGUUUGCUUGCUUGCUUGUUUUAACUAGUUUCAUCCCAACUUUGGCUUAUUGGCAGAUGGAGGCUGCUGCUUUGUCACAGAUAGAGCAUGGUGAGAUCUCUGGCAACAGGCAGAGAUCUAGGUCUCUCAGAGAUGUUUCUGCCAUCCUGUAAGGGAGAUUUGCAUAAAUAAAAUUAUUUUUAAUCAUGCCCCAUGGGAAAGCGAUGGCUUCAGCAUGAAUGCCUGCUGUCUAAAUCACUUGGGCUUCCCAUGGUGCAUCUUUCGUUUAUUUGCACCUUUCUUAGAUGUUCAGUUUUGUGUUCCACAGCAAACCUGCCAAGGUGCAGAUUUGUUUCACUCUUCUAUAUUUGACUUAGUCAUUUGGAUUGCUGCAAUUCUCCAUGUUAGAUUUCAGUAUUGCCUUGAUGAGGGUGUGGCAAUAAUGAACUUCUCACAACAGGUGCUUUUAUGUAUAGCUCUCUGACGUUGCCAUUUGGUGUCAACAAAGACUGACUGUUACUGGACCUAUAAUGGGAUUUAACUUGUUUCUUUCAACCACCUAUUUGGUCCUCCCUUGUUGUGAAGUUUGCAGUUCUCGUAACUUUGUAUUUUUAGAUGCUGUCUACCUCCUGGCUUUUAAAAUUCUGACAUUCUACAGGGAUUUGUUCCUUUAUCAGCAGCAAUUUGGCACAAGCCAGCAAAGAGGUCCUAAAAACAGCAUUGGCUAAGCCUGCCAAAUUCUACCACCACCUCUUUUACUUCAGGGAUACUUCCUAAAAACAGAAUUACAGACAUGACGACAUCCUUAUUUAUUUAGGUGUAAGUCCUCCUUGCUACAGAUUAUUUGAGGCCAGUACAGAGAAAUGUAGCAAAGGCCUACAUUCCCAAAACGGAUGCAUUUGCUGAGACUGGUGAAAUUGGAUUUUCCAGGAGUGGGAAUUUCCAGGAAUAACCCCCUCAAAAUAGAGUUGAUGACAUGAGAGAGGAUUUGACAGGUUAAUUGUGCCUUAGUGUUUCACCUAGUCUUGGAGCAGCAUGUGCCAACACAAAAAAGGAGCAGUUCGGGCUAUUCUGUUUCUUCUCAUUAGCCUGUCAUUUGAUUGUCUGUGUAAAAUCUUCCAGUUGUAAUUGGCAAAAUCUGUGAUUCAUUGUGUGCAGCAGGAUUUUUGGAGUAGAAAUAAUUUAUUUCCUCCAUACUUCAAAGGUCAUUAAAAAACAUUAUCACAAAAUGCAGAGAACUCUGUCCUGUGGUGGACUUUGAGCGGAACUUGGUUUUGCAAGAAACACGGGGCUGCUGCUGCUGCUGCUACAAAUGGCAACCCCAUGUCUAUAUCCCCAUGCCUUGAGGUCACUUGGCUGUAUUUGUUCCUGCUUGCUGCACCAGUGAUGUGGAACAAAGAGAGAAAAUGAAUACCAUAAAAAUGAUAGGACACUGGUUCCCACAGACAGUUCUCCCACCAAAGAAGACCGCACUCAACUUCCAGACACCCCCAUAGAGCCGUUGGAUGUCUUGGCGCGCGUGCCAACUCCACCUCCCCUGAGCUCCCCUCUUGGCACUUCAAGCACUUCUCUGCCUCCUGAAGUUGAGUUGGCACCUAUCGAGACAGAUGAGCCAGCAGAGGCACGCCCCCUUUUGCCCCGUGCCAGGCGCCAGGAGAAGCACUUCGGUCAGAGGGAGGCUCUUCGAAGGAGUCAGAGAUUACGGGCGAAGACCUUUUCUACUUAAGCCUGCUCCCCCGACCUGGGUGCUGAGUCAACUUUCUUCUUCACGCUGCAGAGUGUACUUAGGUAGCCUAGUUAGGGAUUGCAGUGAGCUAGCAUAGUGUGCCUGUGAAACGUAUUGCCUUCAAUGUUACUUUAAUAAAACAGGAAUUGAUGCCA